CAGCUGUGAGAAGCGCUCAGUGCAGUGUUGUGUUUACAUUUUCUGCUGUCCAAGCAUGGUUCAAAGGUGCGCGAUUUGCGAUGAAAAUGACAAAAAGUACAAGUGUAAAACAUGUGAGAAACCAUACUGUUCCCUAGAAUGCUACAACAAACAUCGAGAGAAACCAUGCGAACCAGUACAGAAAGAACAACUAUUCGAGGUCGACCGUCAGCCCCAAAAACCUUUACUGUACACUACCGUUGAUACCGUAGACGCAGAGAAGCUGGAACUAUUACGCCAAUCCGAUAAACUGAGGAACCUUCUUUACAACCCACACCUCCGACAGCUGCUAGGCGAGAUAGAUUCUGCCUCGGACGCAAGACGAGCCAUCCGGGUAGCCAUGAUGGAACCCCUGUUCGUGGAAUUCGCUGACGAGUGUCUCAAAGUGGUAGAACCACCGGACGCAAGUGAAAAACAAGAUCUUCUUCUUUUAAACUCCUAACUUCACCGUUCAUCUUUAAUACUAAACUGUAGGAAAAUAUAUUUACAAUAUGUUCGAACACUUCUAGUUGCGCUACGGUGUGAAGACAGCCGAAAA